UUGGUAAAUGAGAAAAAUGUGAGAGAUGAUGGCAAAUUCUUUUAAAAACGUGGUUUGGAAAUGUGAAUAUAUUCUAACUUAAUACAUAAUGCCAAAAUCUAUGCAGAGAUGAUGAUGAUUAGCUCACAUCAGAUAGAUGACGAGAUGAAACCAAAUAGGAAAAAUUCUCCAUUCUUGAAACAUGUAGGUCCUUGACUAUCUUCUCAAGGAAGGUCGAAUGACUUUAAGAAAAAUAACAAUGGAAGUGAUUGCAAGGAUGGUUGCCGACAGGCCGGUGGUGAUCUUUAGCCGGACCACAUGUUGCAUGAGCCACACCAUCAAGACUCUGAUAAGUGGCUUUGGGGCUAACCCUACGGUUUACGAGCUUGACGAAGUUGAGAAUGGGGGACAGAUUGAGAGAGCACUGCAGCAGAUGGGGUGCAAGGUCAGUGUACCGGUUGUGUUCAUAGGGCAGCAGCUCAUUGGGGGUCCUAACCAGGUCAUGUCCCUCCAAGUGAGGAACCAACUUGUCCCAUUGCUCAUCAGGGCAGGCGCUAUAUGGCUGUGAAACCUCAAAAGUUGUUUUCUCUACUCAAGUUGGUACUAGUCACAGUAAUUUUCUACUUCCGAGCUAAACUUUAAAAAUGUA